AUGUCCUCCCUUCGUGCUCUGCUCCUGUACGCUCCGAUACUCCUCCUUCUAGUGCCCUCGGCGCACUGCCAGGGUCGACGUCUCUUCAUAUCCAUAGGCAGCGACGACUGGGGGAGAUGGUCAAACAGCCUUCCCGUCUGGCCUGACAUGGAGUCAAGGAAGUCCGCCAUGAUGAACUUGGGUUGGCCCUCAGGAGGGGAGCCGAUGUUGAGUACAGUCGAGGAGGAGGAGGACUUGCAGGAUCUACAUGAGAUGCUGUCAGAGCUGAACAGAAACGUUGAGAGGCGACUCCAAGUCGUCCUCACGCCUUUCUGGGUGGUCGGAGGGCCCGACUUUGAAGGGAUGAGGAGAACAGGUUGCCCUGACAUGCCGACGUGCGAGUACAGAGAGCUGUUCUGGCACAACUCGACGGGGGGGCAUGCACGUAGUCCAUACAACAGGGGAGAUCUUCGCAGUUCUUUCCUCAGGCUCUUCUUGGAUGGGCUGUGGCAUCCGGAGUACCACGGGCGCUCGCACUUCGACACGAGAGCAUGGGUACAGUACCUACGAGAGGGCGAUAAGUUCUCCAGGUUCUACUUCGAGCAAGGGAUGGUGUUCUACGACCUGUCGCCGCGCAGGGAGGGCGGCGGCAACAGCAGCCACAGCCUUCACUGCGAGUACAUGGCGGACGACGUGAGGUUUCAGAAGUCAGAGGAGGAGCUGGGGGAGUGGGUGAGGGAGGGGAUGGAGUCCUUCCGUUCCUUCUGGGGAUACAGGUCCAGGGUGACCUCCGUGCCCACACACCAUGCUCCCUCUUCAGUCGGAGCGAUCUUGGCGGAGGAGGGGAUCUUGGCGGUGGAGGGGAACGAGCUUGACUUCGUGGACACCAUCGAGAGGGAGGAAGUGGACCUGGACAGCUGGUGGCAGCUCGGGGGAGCAGAGGCGGUGAAGAGGAAGGGGGAAGAGAUCAGAGCAAGGCUGAGGAGGGUGCUCGAGGAGAGGGACUUCGUGUCUCUGCAGUGGCAUGCGCAGAACGCGAUGAGCAAGACGUACCCAGAAGAAGCAAGGCUGCUGCUGCGGGGGGAGCUGGUGAAGACCGUAGAGUUCAUCAGGAGGGAAUUCCCCGAGACAGUGUUCGUUACGGCAGGGGAGCUGGCGGAGCUGAAGAUGCGAGGAUGGUCGACAGAGUGCUGGCACCGCAAAGUGCUCCUAAGGAACUACCUCCCUCACUCGCUCACGUGGAGGGUACCGAAGUUGUCCAGCCUCUGUGCUGAUCAGUUCGGAGCGGAGGAGGAGGGGCUGGUGCUGGAGUCUGUUGCCGGGCCAAAUCCUCCUCUGCGCAAGACUGUGCGGGAAGGAGAGGUUGUGGAGCUGAUACCAGACGCGGAGUAUGUGUUGAUGGCGGCGGCUGCGGAGGAGGAGCAGGAGAAGGAGCAGGAGGAUCCAGGAGCAAGAGGGUUGACCAGUGCGGCAGUGGAGCAGGAGGAUGAGGGAGGGAGGGAGGAAGCAGCGAAGGAGGAGGAAGAAGAAAACGGGGAGGGAGAAAUUGACGAGGCGACUGCCCUCUACUACUCAAAGAUCUACGGAGACAGCCGGCACGUGCAGCUGCUCUUGAUGGAGAAGAAAACCUCUGACGUGAUCGAGUUGGGUCGUGCACUGAAGAGACUCGUGGACAAAGAUCAGAGGGAAGCGCUGAAGGAAGCAUGUCGCCGCUGCCGCAGCUGCCGUACAUGUCGAGGAAAGACUCUGGGGGAUUUGAACGCAGAGGAGCUGCAAGAGGUGGAUCCCCUCUCGCUUCCUCCUCUCUACACCUCCGAGCUCUUCGAGGAAGGAGCCUGGCAGGAUCGCGUGGCGAGGAGAGCGAACGCAACGGUGGAGGAGGUGGAGAUAAUCUUCCUCUCCCCCAGGUUCGGCGACGUGCUUCGUGAGCCAGCUACCAUCGAGGUUCUCAUCAACGGCUAUGACUUUGACAGCCAAGGAGGAUACGCCGUCCUUGCAGCAGGGGGCCAGCAGGUGCUGGCCUGGCAGGGGAGCAUGCUGCAGACUGUUCUCUUCGGGACGAGGAAUCACGUGCCGCAGCUGCUCCUCGUCGCUCUCAUGAACAAGGAAGGAAGACCCCUGGGGGUCACCAACAGCCUCGUCUACUGGGAGACUGACCUCCCCUCUCCUCCCUCCCCUCUCCCCAAGUCCACCGUCAACGCCUCCUCCCACCACUCUCCUCCUUGGAGGGCCGGCGAUCCCUUCCCCCCACAGCGCGCAGGGAGGGUCUCGGCUCCGAACGUCCGAGCUCCCGAGGGGAGGAGGGUCGCGCUAGUGAUCACAUCCUGUGUUGCAGUGGACGGGAGGCUGACGCUACUGGAGGAGACGGUCGUGUCGUUCCUGCAUGCCAACACGUAUCCUAUCGACCGCUACAUCCUCAUCGACGACUCUGGGGAUGAAGUUGUUCAUGCUCGACUGCUGGCACUGUUCGGCGAUCUGUUCCACGUGCUGCUGAAUCGGCGGGGGAGGACGGGCAUGACGUUCAGCAUCGACUCGGCGUACGGGAUUGCAGAAGUAGACUACAUCUUCCACUGCCAGGACGACUGGCUGUUUCACUCCAAGCAAGAGGAAAUGGGGUUUGUAGGGCAGGGAGAGAGCACAGACAACAAGGUCGAGGAACAGGUCGAGGAACAGGGCGAGGUCGAGGAACAGGACGAGGACGAGGAACAGGACGAGGACGAGGAACGGGACGAGGACGAGGACGAGGACGAGAGAGAUGGAUGGGGAGAUUUCGUGCGGCAGUCGAUCGAGAUCCUAGAGCAUGACCCGGAUAUCUUCGUCGUGUGGUGCAGAGAUCAUCGCGAUCAUGACCUUCCUCUCGGUUUCCUCCAGCACACUGCAUCCGGGGUCCCCUACCGACAGGUUCUUCCGCUCCACAGGUGGAAGGGUUUCACUUUCAAUCCCGGGCUGAGGAGGAAGUCUGACUACGAGGCCAUGGCUCCCAUACAGCGCUACUGGUUCGAGGACUACGUGCAGGGGUACAUGAGAUGGAUGGGACAGUACGGGGCGUCACUGGUGGAAGGCUGGACGAGGCAUACAGGAGAGCAUCAUUCGACCAAACCCUCGUACCAGGCAGCGAACGAGGAACUUGCCCGCAACAAGAUGAAGAAGAAUCCUUCUUCCACCUAA